AUGUCUCUUAGUUCCCUGUUCACUGGUGAAAUUGCCGGGCAACCGAUAGAAACCGUCGUGAAGACCUACGAAUAUUUCGGGGCGGCCGUGACGAAUCAAAAUCUGGGCAGUUGGGCGGAUAUUCUCUAUCAUUACAAGACGCCGAUCAGUCAUUAUAAAAUAUUGAAUUGGACUACCACGGAACAUCAUUGGAAUCGACACGAGUUGUGGAACCCGCAUAUUCGAUUUGGGUUCGCCGUCUCGCACGAAUUCAAGCACUUCAUCUUCUGGGUGUCCGGCGCCAACGACUCGAAAUUGGUAGAAUGGCCGUUGUUUGAGAAGCAGGAUUAUGUGUUGGUGUCAAGUUUGAUGCUCGAGGCGUACGAAAUCUUCAAGGAAGCCGCCUUAACAACAAUUCGCGAACGCACCGAAGAGGUCUGCGCCGCCGAAAGUUGCGACUAUGAAUUUGUGUUCACCGGCCACUCUAUCGGAGGCUGCAUCUCGCAAAUGUUAGCCGUUGAAGCGGCCCUGAAGAAACAUUGGUCCCGACUAAAAAUUUCCUACCUCGGCUUUGCCCCGACACGAUGCGGGAAUGUGAAUUAUGCCGCGCUGGUACAAGCCCUGUUCACAAAUGUGUACCGCUACCAAUGGAAUAACGAUGCGUUGACGAACAUCCCCUACGACGAAGUGUGCAAUCGAUAUGAUCCGAAGGCGCUACCCGUGACAGAAGGUCACACAUCAAUUUACACGAGCGAAGACGCUAUUGGAAUACCUUGCUUUUAUCAUGCUGGGAAACUCCUGAUUGGCAAAUGGGCUGCAGAUGGCAAAACACGAGAAAUCUGGGGAAAUUUUCCAUUUGAAGACAUGUUUGUGUUGCCCGGGGAAUUCGUAUCAACCGACUUGGACCACAUCGGAUUCGACGGGAAUCAGGACUUGCUCAGGUUUUCGGAGCUUAAAUCUUGCGCAUCUUUCGACGACGAAGAGCCUUUUCAAUGCCACUGGGGCCAAUGGAUUACGACGAAACCAAUGAGACCGCAUUGGGUGCAUAGACACCCGGCGGAAGACGCGGAGACCGCACCACUGGGGAAAGCGCCGUUUGGAAGCUGUAAUGUGACCGAGAAUUGGUGUCCUCUUCGUACGAGAUGCCUGAUCUACAAAGAUGCCAAACCAUUAAAUCAUGAACCGUCGCCGUGGUGUCGACGUGAUGAGAACGCCUCGUUCAACAUAGACGUCGUAUUGCCAUUGCUAAAUGGAUAUACAAAAUACUAUCGAAUGAAUCGGACUGAAGUGGAUCGAGAGAGAUGGGACAGUCAAGAUGGCAAGCUAGCGCUGGUCGCCGCCGUCGUACCGUAUAUGACACAGUAUUCAUCCGAGAUAACUCGAUUUCCCUGCUCAACAAUUGUCGUUCGGCGAAUCGUCGAUUUUCUGAGGAAAUAUUUCGCUGCAAAAUGGGGCGGGAUGCCGUUUGACGUGAUCAUGUCACCGGCGCAUCCGAUACCUCGUUAUUUAUUUGAGGAAUACUUCAACCAAACGGCUGACGAAGACUGGAUCCUGACAAACUACGACCCAUCCCGCACUCGAAACCUGUUCGAAUUUGCCGAACCGCCCAUAAACAAGCAGGAAUGGGGCACGAGUCGAUGCUUCCAAUAUUAUAUUCUGAUGUCGGGUGGUGAUGCGCGUGCAGCCAUGGUUGACAGCUACAUCUCCGCCGACUUUUCCACCGAUGUGAAUUCCGAAGAAUGGCUCGGCCCAUUGAAGUGGGUUUGGGGCCGGGCCGGCGCGGAAACUUCAUUUCAACGUCUGAAGGUGAUAUGGGAGAAAGAGACUGGAGUUACGGAGCCUCCUCAA